GCACAAAAACAAAUCAUUCAGGAAAUGAACACAUUAUCAUCUUUAUCUCUUCUCUCUAUCUUCUUCAUCUUUGCUGUUUUCUCAACAUUGGGAGAGUCAAAGGCAAACUAUUUCAGUAUUUCCCAGGAAGCUACAAAGCUUUAGUAGUGAAGAAACAAGCCCAACCUUCAGACCCAAAGUUGCCAUAUGAAGUCAAUCAACAAUUCUGCUGCUACAAUAUCUGCUAAUAUUAAUAGCAUCUCAGUGCUUAAUGGAACGAGUUUUAAGGAAUGGAAAGAAAACGUUAUGAUUGUUCUCGGUUGCUUGGAUCUAAACCUUGCACUUCGGACUGAGAAACCCGCCACUGUUAAGGACACAUCUACCCUUGAUGAAAAGAGGGAGAUGGAGAGGUGGGAACGCUCUAACCGCAUGAGUCUAAUGAUCAUGAAACGUGCAAUUCUAGAAUCAUUCAGGGGCACAAUGUCUGAUGAGGCUGAUGCCAAACCGUUCCUCGCCGAACUUGAAAAGCGUUUUGCUAAAAAAGAAAAGGCGGAAAUUAGUACUCUUUUGAGCACUCUUGUUUCCAUGAAGUACAAAGGCAAAGGGAACAUAAGGGAGUACAUUUGGGAAAUGUCUCAUAUUGCUUCAAAACUAAGUGCACUAAAGCUUAUUUUACCUGAGGAAUUGCUUGUGUAUUUAGUUUUGAUCUCUCUUCCUUCUCAAUUUAAUCAAUUAAAAGUCAGUUACAACUGCAUUAAGGAGAAAUGGUCUCUCAAUGAGCUCAUUUCUCACUGUGUUCAAGAGGAAGAGAGAAUAAAGCAAGAUAAGACUGAAAGUGCUCAUUUGGCAUCUACCUCUAAGGGAAACAAGAAAAGGAAAAUUAAGGAAGUUGUAAAUUCAUGGCCUCAAAGAAAGCAUCAUAAGGAAACUAAGGAAGAAACUAAGGAAUCCGAAAGCUUCUUUUGCAAAGGGACUAAUCACAAGAAAAAGAAAUGUGCUAAGUACCACCCCUGGCGUGCGAAAAAGGGUAUGUGUCUUGCUCUUGUUUGUUCUGAGGUUAAUUUAAUUUCGGUACCCAAUGACACUUGGUGGGUAGACUCCGGUGCCACUACUCGCAUAGUGUAUCUGUGCAGGGUUGCCUGAGCUACCGAAAACCAAUUGAUGGUGAAAGAUACAUCUAUGCAGGUGAUGGUGAGCGGGUUGAAGUUGAGGCUAUCGACGCUUUUAGAUGAUUAUUAAAGACUUGUUUUUAUUUGAAUUUGAAAGAGACAUUUGUUGUGCCGUCAUUGGGCAGAAUUUAAUUUCUAUUUUUGCAUUGGACAAAUUGGGUUAUUCUUGUUCAUAUGGAAAUAGUCAGUCCAGUCUAUUUCAAAAUUCAAAACUUAUUGGAACUGGUCUUUUAUCAGUUUAUGAUAAUCUAUAUUCACUUGAUA